UCGUAACUGUCACCCUUCAUGUUCACCGAUGUAGAACAUGGCAUCACCCAAUUUUGCAGGUUCACCAAAUACUGUCAAAUUUGAGCACUUGACACCUUCAGCUGCCACGCCAAGAGUCAGCAUAAGUGUUCCUGCAGCGGAUUUGAGUGGAUCGACAACACCUAGACCCUCAAUAGGAACAGGUGAGAAUGCAAUCAUUCAACAGAAUGGCGAACUAAGCUCCAAUGGACGUAGCACCAAUGCAAUUCCACAGAAGCCAGCAUCUCUCUUCGAUCCUUCACAUCUACCAUCCAUCUAUGGGAGAAUUCAGAAAAUAUCAAAUCUGAUUGUUCAAGCAAGUGAAGAUGCAAAUUCACUUAGUGUAAAGGAUGCCGGUGGUGCGGCUGCAUCUACCUCGAAUCAAGCACUGGACAAUGAUCAGUUCAACACACUUGACCAAGAUUCAAGCUCAGGUCCAGCGCCAAAUAUUGCUUUAGGUGCAACGACGGAUGAUGAUGUGAAUAGUGGAUACGAGACAGCCUUAUCGAUGAGCGUGGGACAAGAAGAUCGAGGUAGAAACGCACAGCCUACUGAUUUGGCCAAAUCGAUCGUAUCAGAAAGCGUUGCUCUACGGCAGGCAUUCGUACAAGCACAAAGAGCUAUAGACACAUUUGAAGGUGGGGAUAUGGAUAUAGAAGAACAGGAGCAUCUGAUAUCCCUUCUCGAACAAUAUGGCGGAGAACAAAAACAAAUACGGCAUUCUUUUAUCGAGCAAAAAGACAGCAGAAUGAUUGAUGCUUGACGUCAAUAUGAACCAAUAGAUGACAACCUUUCCCAUCUAUUCUGUUUUUGCACACGGGCAGUCUAGCCACAAUGUAUAUCAUGCGUCAUCAUAUGUGCUGUACAUUCUUAUCGGUUGCACAAAGGAAGGAUCGGAGAUGGG